UCUCCUGGAACCCCUGUUGUUGCCAGUGUGAGUGCUGUCUCCUCAGCAUAUGGCAGCCCCCACAGGGACACCCCCUCAGCUUGCUGAUACCCAAGCCAUGUAAAAUUCACAAAAAUUCCCAAUUGACAUUGACAAAGGGAAGGCACUUGCUGUGUUUCCUCCCAGGGUCUAUCCCCAAAAACUUAUCUUGUUGGCCCUCACCCCAAUGUUGACCCCUUUAUCUAGGCUAUGAAAGAAACCAUCUGGACACAUGUGGACAUCAGAGUAGCCAACAUGUCUUGAGUACUCACUACACACACACACACACACACACACAUACACACACACACAUCAGGCACCAUUUUGUGGCCUUUGUGGGUAUGAACUGAUUUAAUUCUUGAAACCUUGUGAAGUAGGUAGUGAUCGUACCCCAUUUCACAGAUGAGAAAACAGAGGCACGGAGAGCAGCCAUAACUUGGCAAAGGGCAUGUGGCUUGUUGGUGGCAGAACUGGGGCUUAAAACAAGAUGUGUGUCUGAAGGUCGUGCCCUUAACUUCUGUGCCCUGCUGAAUUAUGUAACUGGGCAACUCCGCGUCCCCAUGCCUGUGGGGGACAGAGGCUUGUUUCACUCAGGAAGGCAAGCUGGAGCAGUCCUCAGGGACAUGGCAGUCCAGGCUCUACUGUGAAAACCCCAAAGCUGUGAGCCCCACAGCCAGGCCCCAGGUCUCUGGCCAUCCUAUUCUGCUCUCUCUUGCAGGUGUCCACUUCACAGGGUUCCUGAUCAUGCCCUUGGACAGCCACCCCUUCUCAGUCUCCAGUCUGGCCAGACUCUGCAAACCUGCUUCCGCAAUGGGUGGGUUGUGAGUGCUGGGAACGAGGAGCUGUGGGCCCAGCCAGCCUUGGAGAUGCCGAAAAGACGGGACAUUCUUGCGAUUGUCCUCAUCGUACUGCCCUGGACACUGCUUGUCACCGUGUGGCACCAGAGCACCAUCGCGCCUCUGCUCACCACGCACAAGGAUGACGGCAGUGACCCCCGGCGCGAUGCACCCCCGGGCGCGGACCCCAGGGAGUACUGCAUGUCGGACCGCGACAUCGUGGAGGUGGUGCGCACGGAGUACGUGUACACGCGGCCCCCGCCGUGGUCAGACACGCUGCCCACCAUCCACGUGGUGACGCCCACCUACAGCCGCCCGGUGCAGAAGGCCGAGCUGACGCGCAUGGCCAACACACUGCUGCACGUGCCCAACCUGCACUGGCUGGUGGUGGAGGACGCGCCGCGACGGACGCCACUCACCGCGCGCCUGCUGCGCGACACCGGCCUCAACUACACGCAUCUGCACGUGGAGACGCCCCGCAACUACAAGCUGCGCGGCGACGCCCGUGACCCGCGCAUCCCGCGGGGCACCAUGCAGCGCAACCUGGCCCUGCGCUGGCUGCGGGAGACUUUCCCGCGCAACUCCAGCCAGCCAGGCGUGGUGUACUUUGCCGACGACGACAACACCUACAGUCUGGAGCUCUUUGAGGAGAUGCGCAGCACCAGGAGGGUGUCUGUGUGGCCCGUUGCCUUCGUUGGUGGCCUUCGGUACGAGGCCCCACGGGUCAACGGGGCAGGGAAGGUGGUCGGCUGGAAGACGGUGUUCGACCCGCACCGACCAUUUGCAAUAGACAUGGCUGGAUUUGCCGUCAACCUGAGGCUCAUUCUACAGCGUAGCCAGGCCUACUUCAAGCUGCGCGGUGUGAAGGGAGGCUACCAGGAAAGCAGCCUCCUCCGAGAACUUGUUACCCUCAAUGACCUGGAGCCCAAGGCAGCCAACUGCACCAAGAUCCUGGUCUGGCACACACGGACAGAGAAGCCGGUGCUGGUGAACGAGGGGAAAAAAGGCUUCACUGACCCCACUGUAGAGAUCUGAGCCCCAGGAUACAGGAGCCUCCUUCUCAGACCCUGUUCCUGGCCUUCCAUCCUCUCCCCAUGGCUGAUGGUCCCUCCGAGGCAAACUCCUAAGGAAUCGCCAUCACCCUCCUUUCUAUUCUGGGGGCUUCAGAGAGAGCCCAGCUUGAUGCCAGGACAAAGGACGGAGAACCUAAAGCACAGAAAUCCCAGACCUGUUGUUCUCUUCCAUCCAGCACGACCAGGGGCCCAGCUGCUAGCCAAGCCAUGCCAGCCAGUGAGCUAGUGCCCCAGCAUGCCUCCCCAGUGCUUCCUGCACUGACGGGGCCUGCGGGAGCAGACGCAGUGGUUACUGAAGCCCUGGAGUGAUGCCAGGCUGGGAGAGAGGUGAAAAGACCCCGGCUGUCAAGUGCAGUGUGGCCUUCCCGGGCUCCCUGCUCCUGGGGCCCAGCAUGACCGCACAGGCCAUCCGGCCAGGGAAUUCUGAAGACCGGAGAGCAGCCCCCUGCCCAGGCAUCAGGAACACCCCCUCCCCUCCUCAGAGAGCUGCUCUCAAGUAGACAUACCUCUCUGGCUUUCCUCUGGUUCCUAUUUCCAGAGCAUAAGGCUGUCUUUGAUCCCAACAAGCGACCACCCUGCAUGAGGGGAGCCUGGGCCUGCUAUCAGGCUCCCCAUACCUCAGGCUGUGGUAGGAGUGAAGCCCCUUACUCUGGCCCCACAUCCCUCAAGCCUGCUCCUUCAGGCACAGAGAAGGAGGUGGGCCCUUGAGCCAGCACAGGUCAUGGACUGACCUGGACUAAGACCAUGCAGGCCCCUGUCUACACACUGCCUCCCCACUGCCCACUGGGCUCCAGGGCUCCUUGCCUGGGCUGGGACUGUGGAGGCCAGGAGCCCUCUUCCCGGAGCUCUUGAGAACCACAGACCUCAGGGGCUGAAGUGAGCCAGGGGUAGGCAAGGUGGAAAGAGGAGGGAGGCAGGGGCAGUUCCGUACUCCUUCCUGCCCCUGGUUGGGGGGUGUGGGAGCUUUGAGUUAACAGAGAGAUUUGUGGAAAAGGGGCAGAGAUCAUUUGGACCCCGAGGGGAAAGGAGAGCUGAGCACACACUACUUUGGAAAUCAUUCUAUUUUAGACACAAAAUGGGAACGAAAACAUCCCUUGUCCCUGAGUUGGGGGCACGAGGAAUAAGCCUGUGUCUUGUGCCCUCCCCGCCCCUCCCCCAGAAAGAACAGUGUGCAGGUGCCGCCCCUGCACCAGGAGAGGCCACGGACAGGGACAGCCCUCUUCUGAUUCUCUCACUCAUGCUCCUGAAAGUUGGAAGCACAAUUUUCCUCCCAAGUGGAGGAAAAGGAAAGGCCUGAGCCUACUGAAGAGGUGUUUAUUUUUUAAUGCUAACUGCCCCCACUCCGUUUAAACUCACAGGACCCUUCUGAGGACUGCCGAGAACCCACUCCUGGGGGUGGGUGGGAAGGAUUCAGUCCAGCAACCUAACAUUCAAAAAAUAGCAUUGGCUGCCGAUUUUGAAAUGGAUUUAACUUUCCACAGCAUUCGUGAAACCAUCCAAUGGGAUCUUGUCCCUGAGAACCCUGAGCCACCUUGCAGGACGUUCCCCAGCCUCUUACACUUUCGGUAGUGGCUCUGGAAUCAACCCCUCGGAGCCAAGUGGGGUGGCGU